GGGCCGCAGCCAAUGGGGCAGGCGGGGAUGGUGGACGGAUGGAGGCCGAGAAGUAGGGCUGCGCCAUGAGCAGCUUCGGAGGUCGGAUGCGGGAGUAUCCGUGGCUGUCCAUAGACCGCUUCGACCGGGAGAACCUGCGGGCCCGGGCCUACUUCCUGUCCCACUGCCACAAGGAUCACAUGAAAGGGCUGAGAGCGCCUUCCUUGAAAAGAAGACUGGAGUGCAGCUUGAAAGUUCACUUGUACUGUUCACCGGUAACCAAGGAGUUGCUGCUGACUAGCCCGAAAUACAAGUUUUGGGAGAAUCGCAUUGUUGCCCUUGAAGUUGAAACUCCAACUCAGAUUUCUUUACUUGAUGAAGCAUCUGGUGAGAAAGAAGAUAUAGUGGUGACACUUCUACCAGCUGGUCACUGCCCAGGAUCAGUCAUGUUUUUGUUUCAAGGCCAAAAUGGCACUGUACUUUAUACUGGAGAUUUCAGACUAGCAAAAGGAGAAGCAGCCAGAAUGGAGCUCUUGCAUUCGGGGACCAGAGUGAAAGACAUUCAGAGUGUGUAUUUAGACACCACUUUCUGUGAUCCCAGAUUUUAUCAGAUCCCAAGCAGAGAGGAAUGUUUAAAUGGGAUAUUAGAGUUAGUGCGAAGCUGGAUCACUCUGAGUCGCUAUCAUGUUGUAUGGCUAAAUUGCAAAGCUGCCUAUGGAUAUGAAUAUUUAUUCACAAACCUCAGUGAAGAACUUGGAGUCAAGGUCCAUGUGAACAAACUGGACAUGUUCAAAAACAUGCCGGAAAUCCUCUACCAUAUUACCACGGAUCGGCACACUCAGAUUCAUGCAUGUCGACAUCCACGGGAUGAUGACUAUCUUCGAGGGAAUAGGUUGCCUUGUGGAAUGACUUCCCGAAAUGGAACCCCUUUACGUAUAAUUAGCGUCAAACCUUCCACAAUGUGGUUUGGAGAGAGGACAAGAAAAACCAAUAUAAUAGUAAGGACUGGGGAGAGUUCAUACAGAGCUUGCUUCUCUUUUCAUUCCUCUUACAGUGAGAUUAAGGAUUUCUUGGGUUAUAUCUGCCCUGUGAAUGUGUAUCCCAAUGUAGUUCCGGUGGGUUCAACAGCAGAUGAAGUUGUAAAAAUCUUAAAGCCACUAUGCAAGUCAUACAGUAUAAAUAGCGAGCCCAAAUAUAAACCGCUUGGAACACUGAAGAGAUCCAGAACAAUGGACUUAACAGACGCAGAUGAGGGCAGUGAUGAUCUCUUCGAUACAGAAUUGACUCCUGUAAGGUAUAAGAUUCCAAAACAUCAAGUGGAGACAACGCUGCCUGAGACAAAAGCGUCAUCUGAAAACUCUGAAGGAAGCCAUAGUGAGAACAUGGGAAAUUACAAAGCAACCACUAUGCCUAUGUCUUCGCAGGUAGACUUCAUAGACUGUGAGGAAUCAAAUGGUGAAGAUGAUGAUGAAGAAGAAUCUGAAAAAAAUACAGUUUGGGCUCAAGUUGUAGCCCACAAUCCAGACUCCACUUCGAUACUGGGAAAUCCAAAUGAAAAAGCCCAUUCGGAUUUGACCUGUGCAUUGACUAGUGGCCAGCAGGAGUCUAAUGCAGAUAUGCCACAGUGGGAUGUUUUCUUUAAGCGAGAUAUUAAAACUACAGAUGAUAGUUCUGAAAACGAGGACCAUCUCCCAUCUUCCAUAGAUGCUGGUAGGUCCCAGUCACCAAACUUGUUCAGUGAUUCAGAUAGUUUAAGUGAUUCUACCCACAUCUCCUCACAAAAUUCUUCUCAGUCAACGCACAUAUCGGAGCAGGGGAGCCAGGGCUUGGACAGCCAAGCAGACACAGUACUCAUCACCUCCCAACAGACACAUGGUGUGGAUUUCAGCUUUUUGAACAAAGGAGGGAACAGAGUAACAGUUUCUGUGUCACAUUUCAUGGCCAUGGAUAAUCAAACUGAAUCCCCUAGGUGGAAGCCUUUGGACCAAAAUACACCUUGCCCAGGUAAUGACUCUGAUUUGAAAGGGAAAAACCAAGAGAUGAAUGCAGAAGCUGGUGCUGCUCAAACGCAAAACACGCUAAUUGAAGUAAAUAAUGAGAAAUCGAAGACUCCUAAUCCAGAAUUAGAAAGAGACUCUCAGAGCUCCUCUGACUUUGAAAUCCCUUCAACCCCCGAUGCUGAGUUACCUAGACCAGAUAAGCUGCACUGUCUGUACAAGAAGCUAGCAGCAGGUGAAACGAUAUACUGACUGAAGGGAAUCUCUUCUGAAUUUAGGAGCUUCUCUUUAAAAUAUAGACAGAAACACACACGAGUCAACCUAAGCUGUAUUCCAAGGUAUAUAAAAAUUGUACUUAUCCCCACUUCUCUGUUCAGAGCAGACUUACUACAUUUCCUUGGAAAUCUCUCACUACUGAUUGUAGAGACACUAGAAUGUGCAGUAAAUUUUUCCUCCUCAAUGAACUCCUGAAAAGGAAGAUAUUCCUGUAAGAGAAAUGAAAACGCUAUACUUGGUAGGAGGAAAAAACUAAGCUGACAAACUGAAAAAGUUGUUUAACAAAAAAGUGGACAGUGCAUCUUAGGCUGGUGGGACAUGCAGGUGUGCAGUAGAGAAGGGAAGGAGAAAUAAACCAAAGAAAGUAAAGACAGGAGCACUAAGUGAAAUUUAGUUGUGAUAUCAAGCUGUCUUAAAGAGUCGGCAGGUAGCUAACCAGAUCUUUGAAUUUGUAAAUAUGUCUAUAUCCAAGGCAAUCUUUAUAAAGCUAUGUUUUAAUAAACUUUUUAUAAAACU